AUGUCAGAAGCUGUGGCCGACAUCGCUGUGGUCGGAUUGGCCGUUAUGGGCCAGAACCUUAUCUUAAACAUCAACGACCAUGGCUUUGUAUGUUGUGCGUUCAACAGAACCGUCUCGAAGGUGGACGACUUCUUGAACAAUGAAGCCAAGGGCACCAAGAUCGUUGGAGCUCACUCAAUUCAGGAGAUGUGCAAGUAAGUAUGACUUGUAAGACAGUUUCUUUGUUUUUUAUGUUAGAGUUGUCACUUGUGUUGCUGACUGAAAAAACAAUAUGAUUUUUUGUCAUUUUUAGACUGUUGAAGCGUCCGAGAAGAAUCGUCUUGUUGGUAAAGGCUGGAGCUGCUGUUCAAGGUAUGAUUGACAGCAUCCUUCCUCAUUUGGAGAAGGGCGACAUCCUCAUUGACGGUGGAAACAGCGAAUACCAUGAUUCUAACGUAGGCAAUUGUUACCUAAAAUAGUAUCUUUUAUGUUUUGUCAUCUAAACAUGAUUUAUCAUCUAAAUUUGAACCGCUUUUGUCGUGGUUGAUAAUUUUUGAUUUAUUGUUUGUGCAAGAAUAUAACUGAUAACAAUUCCAGAGACGCUACAAAGAGUUGGCCGCUAAAGGAAUCCACUUCGUUGGAUGUGGAGUCAGUGGUGGAGAAGAAGGAGCCAGAUAUGGACCAUCGCUCAUGCCUGGUGGUGCCCCAGAAGCCUGGCCACAUUUGAAAUCCAUCUUCCAGUCUGUAGCUGCCAAGUCUGGCAAUGAGCCAUGUUGUGAUUGGGUAAGGAAACCUAUUGAAACUUGCGCUGCUAACAAAGUUUAAUGUCAAAAUGAAUGUUUUGAGCAAACAUUUGUGUUUUAUUGUUAAAUAUAAUGAAAUUUAGGUAGGAGAAGCUGGAGCAGGUCACUUUGUCAAGAUGGUACACAACGGAAUUGAGUACGCUGACAUGCAGCUGAUCGCUGAAGCUUACGAUCUCUUGAGAAUCGGAUGUGGCCUCAACUACGACGAGUUGGCUGAUGUCUUUGACCAGUGGAACAAGGGCGAUUUGGAUUCCUAUCUAAUCGAGAUUACGGCUCAAAUCUUCAGGUAUCGUGACGAGAAAGGAGAGCCAGUUCUGCCAAAGAUCAAGGACACCGCCGGCCAAAAGGGAACUGGAAAGUGGACUGGAGUCGCUGCUUUGGACUACGGAGUACCAGUUACACUAGUUGGUGAGUUGGAAUAAGAUAUAAUUAGCUUCAUUAAUAAGUUACACAUAAUCUGAGAUUUGAGCGAUGAGAUUAGGGAACGUUUUGGAAUAACCAUAUGUUUUUGAUGUAAAUUUGUUUACGUUAUAUUCAACUUUUCAGCCGAAGCUGUCUUUGCCAGAUUCCUGUCAUCAAUCAAAGAUCAACGUAUGUUGGCAUCAGAUGUUCUCGCAGAUGGUUCAGAAUUCAAAUUCCAAGUAAAAGACAAGAAGGCCUUUAUCAACCAGGUCGGAAAAGCUUUGUACGCUUCCAAAGUGGUCUGUUAUGCCCAAGGAUUUAUGUUGUUGACACAAGCUUCCAAGGAAUUCGACUGGAAACUGAACUUCGGUGCCAUCUCUCUGAUGUGGAGAGGUGGAUGCAUCAUCAGGUCUAAAUUCUUGGGAAAAAUCAAGGAAGCUUACGACAAGAACCCCAACUUGACCAACUUGUUGUUGGACGACUUCUUCGUCAAGGUCAUGAACGAAUCCAAGGUAUGUUAGCGACAAACUUGAUAAUUUUUUUAUUUUUAUAUUUUACCCUGUAGAUUUAUUUACUGUUACACCUAUAUUUCAGGAAUCAAUGGCCGAAGUGCUUAAAACCGCCAUCGACCUCCAGCUGGACACUCCAGUCUUUUCGGCCGCUUUGGGCUUCUACAACGGCUACAAACGCAAGGUUCUCCCAGCUAACCUGAUCCAAGCUCAGCGAGACUACUUCGGUGCCCAUACCUAUGAAUUGUUGUCCAAUCCGGGUACCUUUGUCCACACCAACUGGACAGGAAAGGGUGGCCGUGUCACUUCCAACACCUACAACGCAUGA